ACCUUGGCAACUCUGCAACAACCCCGAAGAGAAAAUAGUAUUUUUUUAUUUAAUUAAAAAUGUGUGACGUGCUCGGUUAGAUUGCUUAAAUUGUUGAUAAAAACCUCCGCGGAAGAUCGUUAAUUAGUGAUAAGAUAAAUCUGUAUGUUACCAUAAGGGUAAUAUUACAAAAAACGUCGUGACAAAAUCCACAAGCAAUUGACCCACAUAUAUAUCCAAAACAUACAAAUUGAGGUUAUGUUGAUGGAAAAUUAAGAAAGUAUAUUACUUUUCUUCUGUUGUUGAAUAUAUACAUAAAUUAAAAACAUAAUGAAAUUAAUGCAAAUUGCAUUAAUACUAUGUUGUGCUGUAGCAACAUAUAAUUUUGCUGUCGUUGCGGCCGCUUCGUCAUUCGAAGAUAAUGACUUUGCAGAAUUUGAAGAUUUCGACAGUGAUGAUGAUUUUGUAGAGGUUCCAGUUACCGUGGGAGGUGGAGCACCUGCCGCUUCGAAAGAAGUGCCAGUCAAAGAAAAGGAACCAGUGGUCAAAGCAGCACAAAUCCAAGACGACGAGGAAGAUGGCAUUGUCGAGGAUGAAGAUGAAUUCUUCAAAGACGACGAAGAGUUUGAAGGUUUCGAUGCGGGUGAGAUCAAAGAGGAAACUGGCAAGAAACCAGCCGAACCCAAAUUGACCGUGGCCAAAAUCCCCAUGCAUUUCAGAACCCAUUGGGAUUCCUAUUGGAUGGAAAUGCUAAUGCUGGCCGGUCUCAUGGUCUAUUUCACCAAUUUCUUUGCUGGCAAAGCCAAAAAUGCCAAGCUGGCUCAAUUGUGGUUGACCACACACAAGGGUCUGCUGGAUGACAAUUUUGUUUUGGUUGGCGAUGACGGCAAGGUGGAAAAUGAGAAUCCUGGUCUCAUGAAAGAGAGUGAAAGUCUAUACACUCUUUGGUGUUCGGGUCGCACCUGCUGUGAGGGCAUGUUGGUCGAACUGAAAAUGAUAAAACGCCAAGAUUUGGUGUCACUUAUUGCUGGCCUGAUGCGGCCCCAACAAGAUCAAGUCCAUAUCAAAGUUGAUUUAACACGCGGCGUAAUGGAUCCAUUUGUAUUCUGUGUUGGCACAAAGAAAACAAUAACCAAGGCCUUUAAAGAAUAUGCCGAUUUGAGCAAAUAUUGUACUCUAGUCAGUAAGCCAGAGACACGCUACAAUGUGCCAGCUGGUUUUAGUGUAUUAUCGGAAAUUCCCGAAGCCACAUCUGCCAUAUUGGAGAACCGUAUUAUCACGGCUCUCAGUAGAUACCAACAAUAUAUAGAUUAUAUUCAUAUCUCGGAUCAGUACAGUGGUCCCGUACAAGUCGAAGAUGCCAAUAAUUUGAAACAACCUGAAACUAAACCAGUACUUAUGGCUGGAUUUAACUUACCCAAAAAUGGUGAUAUGGAGGCUGUUAAACCAUUGUUGAUACUCAUAUUUUAUUUAAUGGAACGUCUUAAGGGUUAUCGUCUAUCGAAGGAGGGUCAACAAAAAGCCGAAAAGAAUCGUAGCCGUGUCGAAGAAGAAUUCCUAAAAAGCACCCAUGCUGCACGCGCCGAAGCCGCUGCCCAGCGCCGUGAAGACAAACGCAAGGCUGAAAAAGAACGUAUUAUGGCCGAGGAUGAUCCCGAAAAGCAACGCCGCUGGGAAGCCAAGGAACAAAAACGCCAGGCCAAAAAGAAGGCACCCAAAAUGAAACGUUUGGCUGUCAAAUCACUUUAAUUGUGAUUGAUUUCUUCAAAAACGAAACGAACUUUUUCCCAAGCCAAUUUUAUUCAUUUAUCAUAAAAUUAAUCGUAUACAAUUUGUCGGAUUAGUUUCAUUGUAGCUUUAUUGGAAAAAAUGGGCCGAUAUUUAAAUAUUUUAAAACGCAUUAACUUAUUUCAUUAAUAGGGGAUGUCAUACAUUUUUUUGGCCAAUUAAUAAAUGUGUAUUUAAUUUA